AUGGCGCCGCCUGUUUCUCCGUUCGCGGCGUUUCUGGAUCUCUCUGAUAUCUUCAAACAUUUUAAUUCUGACUUGACUUCCACUGAUACCCAUGUAUCAGAAUCGGGUUUUAAGGUGUUUGAGAUCACCAACUCCAUUGAUGGCUAUUCUUCCAAAGAAAUCCACCUUGGAAAACCUCACUUGUUGACUCGGCAUCUCUCGUUUGUGAGAGAAUCGGCCUUCUGGUUGGCCCCUAGAACCGGAGACUCGGAAUUAUCACUCGAUAGAUUGGGCGUAUUGACUAUAUUUGAACGUAGCGAUGGUGUUCAUGUUGGAAUCUUGCCCUCUUCGGGCACUGUUGAUUUGUGUACUUCUAAUUUGAAGACAAGUGGUGGUGGAAGUCUCGUCCUACGCACUGAGAAUGACUCUCCGGAUACCCAGACAUUGGGCCAAAGAGUGUUUGUUACUUCUGGAAUUGAAUUUGAACCUGUUGUGCAGGCACUAUUUGAUGUUGCUAGACAGGUUGCUUUUCGUGAGGACGGUGACGGUGACGACGACGGCGACGACGGCGACAACAACGAGAACCUCCAGAUCGACAACAAGGUGUUACAAAAGAUGGAGAGUCUUAAUAUUAAGUUGGGUCCAACUUGGAAAACCGAAUGGUAUGACGGCCUAAUGUACUGUACUUGGAAUGGUUUGGGACCUGUAUUGUCUCAUGACCUUAUCAUCAAUGCAUUGGCUGACUUGGAUGCGUCUGGUGUUAACAUCAGCGGUAUAAUUAUAGAUGAUGGCUGGCAACAUACUAAUCAAUACCGUCAAUUGUAUGAUUUGAGAGCCGAUGAAUUUAGAUUUCCCAGUGGUCUCAAGGGUCUUGUCAAGGAUAUUCGUAGCAAAUUCCCCUAUAUUGUAGACAUUGGUGUGUGGUCUACUUUGGUAGGAUAUUGGGAAGGUGUGGUACCUGGUUCAGAACUCGAUGAGUCUUACAAAACAGUUGAUGCUCGCAUGAAAAAUGGAAAAACCUACCGUUUGGUAGCCGCCGAGGAUACUGCUAAAUUCUAUGACGACUACUUCUCUUCACUUGCAGAAGCUGGUAUUACAUGUGUGAAGAUUGACUAUCAGGCCGUCAUUGACGAUAUCCAGGAUCAUCAUAUUCGUGGUGCUUUAUAUCCAGCAUAUCAAAAGGCGCUCUUUGACUCGUCGCUGAAAUACUUUGAUGGAAAAGUCAUCUACUGUAUGGCUAUGGUACCCAACAUCAUGCUUCGCUCGCUUCAAAAGAGAACUGUCGGCUCCAAGCCCAGACCGACACCAGUAUUGCGUAACUCGAAUGACUUCUUCCCAACGAUCCUAGCUAGUCAUUUCUGGCAUAUUUAUUGUAACCUGUACAAUACUACUUAUACCGGAAACCUAUACUCGAUUCCAGACUUUGACAUGUUUCAGUCGAAAUUACAAGCUGGUGGAGAGGAACCUUUAGCAACCAGAGUCACUGGACUACAUGCUGCUGCGAGAUGUAUCUCUGGUGGUCCCAUUUACUUCACAGAUAGCCCAAAAAAACAUGAGCUUGAUCUUAUCAAUGCCUUCUCUUCUCCUUCGAGAUUUAAUCAAAGAGUGGUUUUGAGACCGUCCGGCAUUGCUAAACCUGUUUUUCCUUACUUGCCAUUUGAUGCUGAUGAAGGAAAGACUUUACACUGGGGAUAUAACUAUUCAGACUUGUAUGAAAGAUCUCGAGAUGGGAAGGCGACUAGUAUUUAUAGUAUACUAUUGGCUGCGUUCAAUCUCUGCUAUGAUGAAGUGACACAGGGCUUGAAUUGGACGACUUUGCUUGCUGUUGUCAAUAGCGGUAUUCAGAAAGUUGCCACAAAGGCUGACUAUUUGGUCAUCCGUUCAUAUAAAACGGGGAAAAUAUGGUUGCCGAAGGACAAAACCGCUGAGGUGUCCCUUUUAUCGGGUGAGUGGGAUAUGAUCACUGCUGCCCCAUUGAUUCCCGUCCCAGCUAAACCUGCAUAUGGAAAGCUGAGAAAAGAUGAUGAUUGGAUUGAUAUAUCCCGCGAUGAUUCCCCUGCAAUUGCAUUUUUCGGUCUUCUAGAUAACAUUUGUGGAGUGGCUGGAAUUCAUUCUUACGAAAUAACGGCCAAAACAUCUGAUGGCGAAGGCGAUUUGGGCAUAAAUCUGUGGCUCAAGGCAUUGGGUGUUAUUGGUUUGUAUGCUACAUUCCCAGUAGAACAUGCUUCUGUUUCUAUUGGCGGUGAACCCCUUGAUAAAUCUAGAAUCACUCUUGGUAAGCUUUUAGAAUUCGAUAUUAGAUAUGAAGCAGUGGAGCAGGCCGGUUCACGAGGAGACGAGCUUGUCUUGAUAGAAAUUACUUUGUCCUAG